UCCAGAGCUAAGAGCAGAAGCAUUUGCGCAGAUAGUCUGCGCUGCAAGAACACACUCUCGGUUUCCCAGCCUCGGAAGUUUCUAGUUUUUUUUUAAUCAUUAUUAUUAUUAUUGUUAUUGCGCCUCUGCUGCUCCAUCGGCCUGCAACGGAGCACGCGUCGACAGCAGCCAGCCUGUGAUAAUAGACUGCAUCAGGGAUAAAAGAUGGUGAUCAAAGUGUACAUAGCAACGUCCUCCGGAUCCACCUCGAUUAAAAAGCAGCAGCAGGACGUGAUGGGCUUCCUGGCGGCCAAUAAGAUCGAGUACGAGGAGUGCGACAUCGCGGCCAACGAGGCCAACAGGAAGUGGAUGAGGGAGAACGUACCGGAGGAGUCACGACCUGCCACGGGGAACCCUCUGCCCCCUCAGAUUUUUAAUGAAGAAAAAUACUGCGGGAACUACGAGGCCUUCUUCGACGCCAGAGAGGACAACGCUGUGUAUGCAUUUCUGGGUCUGACUGCUCCUCCAGGUUCGAAGGAAGCAGAGGCUCAAGCGAAGAAGGCGCAGCAGUAGCAUUUCAAUCACCGUUUCUACCUUAAACCUCAGGCCUUCCCAAGACCCAGAACCGACCCGGAACCGACCCGAAAGAAAACAAACAAACAAAAAAAC